GGCCACUAUGAAAUUAGCUUUCUCGAGUGUUUUUCUCCGCCCUUGAGGUUCCAAGGUCUAUGUAUGGAUAUCCAGCAAACCGCGACAUAGUUCUCUGCGCUUCCGGUGAUGAAACGCUGUUCUGCUAGCUUAGGCCUCCCUUUUGGAAAGAUCCAUCCACAACGAUGAUCCCUGUGAUGCUAUGAAUAGCUAUACAAUAUGUCAACGGUGGAAACACUUAUACACAUCUCAGCACCAACAACACGGGAAAGUGAUGCUCAAUAUCGAAAGCAGGCACUGAGUUAUAGCAACUUUGAACCUCAGGAGAACCACCAUAUUUUGAUGUUGCCGAGUGCGCAAAUGAGACACGCUGGUUCUGAACAACAAGUCAAGCAUGACGGGGCAACGGACUAUCUGCUGAAGAUACGACCAGCGAUGAAAAGCUCGCAGAAAUUAGACGCAGGCGAAUCUGUCCUAGUGAGCGUCCAGGAGAGACGACGAACUUCACAGGCUACUCGGAGAUCGAGGAAGUCCCACACUCCAGACCGUUUUGAUGAAAGUACUCAGCAAAUGCUUAAUACUCAGCAUGCUGCUGCUGGAAUCCAGAGUCAACUCUCGGAUAAUGACAGGCCGGAGUCAUCUACUGAGUCCUCCAGGCCCAGCAAACGGCAAAGACUGCAAAGAUAUCGACUUCGAAAUCGUGAUCAACAAAACCGAUUCACGUUAUCUUCUGCAGCGUUGUCUCCAGAUCACGAUAGCUUACACUCUUCUCGUACACAAACACCUCCAAGGGCUCGUCGAGAUAGCCAGAGUGCUGAAGUUCAAUCACCGAGACAAGAGUCAUGUUCAGAGAAGGGACUUUCACUAACUAUAUCCGAUGGGAUUCAAAAUAAGCAGGAUAGCCGCAUGAGCAGAGAUGUUUCUCCCUCCACAGCUAUGGAGCAAGAGAUCGAAGCUUUUCAAGCCAUGCGUCGGCUCAUACCCGACAUGUUACGUCAGCAGAGACUGGAUCCGUCCCAGCUUCAGGACUUUAUUUCUUCCAUUUUACCAGACACUUAUAAUCUCAGUCAGUCUGACGGCAUGAGCCAAGUUGGAAAUCAGAGUACAGAAAUCAAAACCACGGAAUCAGCCAUGAGUGAUGUAAAUAGCUUCACUUCUAAACACAUCGCUCUUCCCACUGUCGACCAGAAAUUGCAAAACACGGACGAUCCUGCUCGAGCAGAGCUAGUUUCUAAUGAUAUAAACUCCUGCACGCCGCAUGUUGAGCAACAGGCUCUCCUUCAGAGCGAGGCCGUGUCAUCAAGUGUGCAGCUUACUUCAGGCGCAUCAAAUCAAAUGCUACACGAAGUACCUUCCCCAGGGUGCGCUGUCUCAUCCGAAUCUCAUCGUCGACGCCACAAUUAUUGGGAGACGGUGUUGCAGGAGACAACGGAAAAUGACAGAAGUUUGCAAACGACGUCGCGUUCCCUAGAUGCGCAUGCUCGCGGCUCUACGAAGCCGCAGAAACUCAAAUCCUCGUACGCAGUUGACCUUAAGGUACCAAAGCCGACCCAAAUCUCACCUAUAUUUCAUAAUUACUGUCAACAGCCACAAUCACAAACCGCUUUGGAUAGUUUCUCAUAUGAUAAUGGUAGUUUGGAAUCACUUAACACAAGCCUCAAGGCGAGCCCUUUAGUCAAUCCAGAUAUAUACUGCGCUCUAAAGUCGAUGCCGCGACAAAUCUUCCCGCCAGAAAACAUAAGUCAAAACAGCAUAGAGCCCCAAGAUGCCCAGCAAUCUUUGCUCGCAGAGAAGCAUAUGCUCUUUCGCCGGGUCAUACAUCGCAGGUUAGACCCUCUUGAACGUGGUUGUUGGAGAGUUUGUCUUGCAGACUGGGACCCGGCCUUCCAGCUGAAAUUCCUCACGGACCUCAAGGACUAUCUGGAAAGCGGCGCGAUGGGGAAAGACCCCUGGGUCGAUAUCAAGCGCACUCAGACAGGUCUCCCUGAAUCGCUGGAUUUAUUCUGCGGCGUAGAUUCUUUGGGGGAGAUGUGGCUGUUUCUUCACGUCAUCAGCGAAAAGCAGCUUGCCCUACAGGACUUGCAUUGGUUAGACUGUGAAGGAAAUCCCGCUGUAACCAUGCCUGCUAGAUCUGGGAACAAGUGAAGAUACUUUUCUUUCGUACGGAUCUAAUUCUCAGUAUUGCUUUUUAUUAUGGAUACCCAAAAGCGGAUAUAAUUUGAUCUAAGGGGGAUAUGGGUUAUAAUUUUUGAUUGUGGAAUCCAGCUGACCAUUGCAUUGGGCAUCGCCAUGCAACAUGAGUGGCUUGAAUAAAUUGCAUUUUAUGCUCGUCAAAAAUCUUCUGAAGUUGUGUAUAAUUCCAAUGAGCGAGACUUCACACGUCGAGGAUCUAAUCUUUUAUUUCCGC